AUGGCCCUGAAGGAUCUUGUGUCCUGCAAGUCCCCAAUCAAGUUUGCCAAGAAGCCGGCCUCCUCCCCGGCGGCGUCGCCGGCAUCCGCCGCCACUACUGCCAAGAGCCCCAUCAAGCCCACUGAGCCCCCGCCCGCGCCCCAUACGGCCAGCGCAAGCUCCAAUAAGGGAGGCGACGACGCCCCCCAACGCAGCAGCAGCCCCUCUGCUCCCACGGCCCCUACGCCCAGUGGGUUCAAGACUGCCGCCACCAAGCUCAAGACCAAGUGCACCGCCACGUGCGACGCGGUUGCCAACCCCUUCACCACCGCCGCCGCCGCCGCCAAGUUGUCGGCGCUCCGCCUGGCGUUCAAGGGCAAGCUGCUGGUCGCCAACAAGGGCCGCAGCGGCAGCACGGCUGCUGACAACCGCAGUGACGACGCCUCGGAGUAUGCCUCCGCAAACAGCGCCACCCCCUCGUUCCUGUCGCUGCAGUCGUGCGCGUCGUUCUCCAUGGCGCCGGACGCCGGCUACUACGACGCCGUCCCAGCUUUCAACACCUCCGCCGACGACGGCGAGGUGCUUUUGACCGUCGACUCCACGACUCACACCUCGCCCACCGCGGCCAACUCUGCCGCCCCCGGCGCUUGCCCAAGGUCCAGCACCAAGGCAAAGAAGCGCGGGGUGGCCAAGAAGAUCGUGCGCCUCUUCCUGUGCGGGGCCACGCCCACCGCGCCCGCCCCCAAUGUGCCCGCCAAGGCGGCCGUGUGCUGCUCUGCCCCCGCCCCCGCCCCCGCCGCCGCCGCCAAGCCCGAGCUGAGCGCGGCCAUUGCCGCGAAGGCCGCAGCGGCGCUCCUGCGCGUCUCGUCGCGUCGCCGCCGCCCCGACCAGGAGGGGGAGACGGCGGUGGCGGCGUAG